CUUUAUUUUCUUUGUCUUUGUUUUUAAGCCUAAAACCCACACAAUCAAAAACCCAAAACCCAACCUAAAAAGAAAGUCACUUAAACUCGUCCAUGACCUAAAAUUCCAGUAGUCAGGAGUCAAUAUAUUUGUUAGAUUGUGUUUUCUGGUUUCAGCUAAGAAGAAAUGGCUACUGAACAACCAAAAUCGGCAACCGAAGACGUUAAGAUUGAUUUGUUCGAAGAUGACGAUGAGUUUGAAGAAUUUGAAAUCGAUGAAAAAUUUGAAACCGAUGAAGAGUGGGAGGACAAGGAAGAAGGAAAGGAAGUGACACAGCAGUGGGAAGAUGAUUGGGAUGAUGAUGAUGUCAAUGAUGACUUCUCACUGCAACUGAGGAGGGAACUUGAGAAUAACACUGAGAAGAGCUGAGCUGGACUUAUGCAUGCUCUGUUGUCUCUCAUAAUUCCUCUAUGCAUUGCACUCGGUGUUUGAAUUGAUUUCCUUUUGCGUGCAAAGAGAAUGUAUAACUCUUUAUGGAUAUUUGGUAGAAACUUUAAAUGCAUGGUUCUCUGAAAUAUAGACAUCAAUUUAACUGCUCAAAAUCCAUGUGCAUGUCUUGUUGAAGCUAUUGUUUACUUGUUGAUUAUUUUAAAGCUUCAUUUGCUGGUGACUUUCUCACUCUUUCA